UGCACUUUUGAACUUCUUCGGCUACCGUAGCCGGGCCCUCCACGGAUUUGUGCGCCUGCGCGCUGCGGGAAGGCUCUCCAUUUCGGCGUGAACCGGGAAGGACGUUGGUGUGGAGGACAUUCACGACCAUGAGUUCCGGUACGUUGCCGAAACCUCAGAUGCGUGGUCUUCUGGCCAAGCGCCUGCGGGUUCACAUCGUUGGAGCUUUCAUCGUGGCCCUGGGAGUGGCUGCUGCCUAUAAGUUUGGUGUGGCUGAACCCAGAAAGAAGGCGUAUGCAGAUUUCUACAGGAAGUACGACUCCAUGAAGGACUUCGAAGAGAUGAGGAAGGCUGGUAUCUUCCAGAGUGCGAAGUGACAUCAGAAUGUGCAGAAUAUUUGGAUUGCACUCAGAAGAUGUUCAUCGCUGACCUGUGUUCCCGAACUGUGAAACAUGAGUAUGUGGGCUAAGGAAAAGUUUAUCUCAAUAAACAAUUAACAGUUAUA